UAUCUUUGUUGUUUAUUUUCAGAUAUGGUACGAGUAUUGUUUCUGCAUCCAGAUUUGGGAAUUGGAGGCGCUGAACGUGCUGUAAUAGAUGCGGCACUGGCACUGAAAUCAAAAGGCCACCAAGUGCAAUUUGUGACUGCCCAUCAUGACCCUUCACACUGUUUUCAAGAGACCAAGGAUGGAACUUUAAAAGUUACAUGUGUUGGAGACUGGCUUCCACGGAAACUCUUUGGCAGAUUCUAUGCACUGUGUGCUUACAUUAGAAUGAUAUAUGCAGCACUGUAUGUUGUUCUUAACCCCUUUCUGCAAAUUGAUGUUGUUUUCUGUGACCAAAUAUCUGCAUGUAUUCCAGUACUCUUACUAUCCCCUGUCAGAAUUUUGUUUUACUGUCAUUUUCCUGAUAUGCUUCUUACCAAAAGACAAAGUUUUUUGAAGACAUUGUACAGAAAACCUAUUGACAAGCUGGAAGAGUGGACUACUGGUCUGGCCCACAAAGUUCUUGUGAAUAGUCAUUUUACAGCCGGGAUAUUUAAGGAUACUUUCAAGUCACUGAGUCAUGUGCAGCCUGCAGUUUUGUACCCAAUACCUGACUUCAAUGCCCUGAAAAAACCAGUGGACAUGGCAUUUAUGGCAGUUCUUCCUCAAAAGCCUGUCUCAUUCCUUUCCAUCAAUAGAUAUGAAAGAAAAAAGAAUAUUUCCCUUGCAGUAAUGGCUUUUGAUCUUCUGGUAGAGAAGCAUGGAAACUCCAAUUGUCAACUCAUAAUUGCUGGAGGUUAUGAUGAAAGGGUGACAGAAAACAGGGAAUACUACCAAGAACUGAAAAACCUUGUCGACAAAAUGGGGCUCACAGAAAAUGUUACUUUUCUCAGAUCAUUUUCUGAUGCCCAGAAACGUUCCUUACUGUCCUUUGCCACAUGUUUACUGUACACACCGGAAUAUGAACAUUUUGGAAUUGUACCCAUUGAGGCCAUGUAUUUACAAUGUCCAGUCAUUGCUACUAACAGUGGGGGGCCGCUGGAAACUAUUGCAGAUGGGGAAACAGGCUUCUUGUGUGAUCCUGCACCUGAUGUAUUUUGUGAGGCCAUGAGUAAAUUUCUGACCAAUGAAAACUUGCACAAGAAGAUGGGAGAGGCUGGGAAAAAGAGAGUGACAGAAAAAUUCUCUUUUGAACAGUUUACAGAGCAGCUUUGCAAUAUUGUUGAAGAUCUGAUGCAAGACAAAUCUCACAAUAUUUCCCCCAUCUGGAUUUUGACAAUCAUUUCUAUUGUUGUCAUAUUAUUCAUUGCUAUUUUUCCUUGGUUUUAACUUUAAAUGAAAUGAUUGACAAUAAGAUCUUACCACAAAAGUACGUUGACUGGUUGAAGGCAAUAGUUGAUGUGUCAGACGGGGGUGUAAAUGUUGUCCAUGGCAGAAGGCCAUGGGCAACAGUUUGUUCUUAAAUCCAACGGAUCAGCCUUCACCUCAGACCUCUUUCAACAACUAUUUUGUUAUAUCCAUAUGAAGAAUGAAAUCUGAGAGUGUUAAUCCAGGACUAUGAUUUAUCUGUUCCACUGCAGCAAAGAAAACACAACAUUCUUCUGCAAUCUCAAACUCUGCAUUAUUUCAAAAUUGUGCUUUUAUUUUUAAUAUAUUAAUUUUUUUGUAUUGUGGAAAUCAUAGAUUUUCUCAAUCUGAACCUCAUAUCUUUUAUGUAUUUCAAACUUUAAUUCAAAGAAAUAUAUGGGACACAUGUUUGUUCAUGUAGUUAGUAGCCAGUACGAAUGAAAAUAUAUAUAAGUGUA